UUCGGAUUAGAAAAGAAAACGAAGAGACGUUUAUACAGAUCAAUCACCAAAUAAACCUCUCUCUCUCUCGCUCCUUCUCCCGCUUCUCUUGAGAGAUUUGAGAGCGAAAGAAAAUGGUGGGAAACGAUUGGGUGAAUAGCUACUUGGAGGCGAUCCUCGCUGCUGAACCGGGAAUCGGCGAUUCCAAAUCGUCGCUUCUGUUGAGAGAGCGUGGCCAUUUCAGUCCGAGUCGUUAUUUCGUCGAGGAGGUCAUCACUGGCUUCGAUGAGACUGAUCUUCACCGUUCCUGGGUUCAGGCUGCCGCAACAAGGAGUCCGCAAGAACGGAACACGAGGCUGGAGAAUUUGUGCUGGAGGAUUUGGAAUUUGGCUCGCCAGAAGAAGAAGGUUGAAGGGAAGAAUGCUAAGCGUGCUGCUAAACGGCAGCUUGAGCGUGACAAGGCAAGGAAAGAAGUAACUGCUGAUAUGUCAGAAGAUUUUUCUGAAGGAGAAAAGGCAGAUUUGCCUGGUGAGAUUCCAGCUCACAGUGAUGGCAACACCAAAGGAAGAAUGUCUCGUAUCAGUUCUGUUGACGUCUUUGAGAAUUGGUUUGCUCAACACAAAGAGAAAAAGCUUUACAUUGUCUUAAUAAGCCUUCACGGUUUGAUACGGGGUGAAAACAUGGAGCUUGGUCGGGAUUCUGAUACUGGUGGCCAGGUGAAGUAUGUUGUGGAACUUGCUAGGGCAUUGGGCUCAAUGCCAGGAGUCUAUCGUGUGGAUUUGCUGACCAGACAGGUAUCCGCGUCAGAUGUGGAUAGCAGCUACUCAGAACCUACUGAGAUGCUAAAUCCUUUAGACACAGAUAGCUCAGAGCAGGAGCAUGGAGAGAGUAGUGGCGCUUAUAUAAUCCGUAUACCUUUUGGUCCAAAAGAUAAAUACGUCCCAAAAGAGCUCCUCUGGCCUCAUAUUCCUGAGUUUGUUGAUAGGGCACUUAGCCAUAUUAUGCAGAUUUCCAAGGUUCUUGCUGAGCAAAUUGGGGGUGGACAACAAGUGUGGCCGGUUUCUAUUCACGGGCACUAUGCAGAUGCUGGUGAUUCCGCUGCUCUUCUAUCUGGGGCUCUGAAUGUACCAAUGGUUUUUACUGGUCAUUCUCUUGGUCGUGAUAAGCUUGAGCAACUCCUGAAACAAGGGCGGCCCAAAGAAGAAAUAAAUUCUAACUACAAGAUAAUGCGGCGGAUAGAGGCAGAGGAGCUAAGUCUUGAUGCGUCUGAAAUAGUCAUAACUAGCACAAGGCAAGAGAUAGAAGAGCAAUGGCGCCUUUAUGAUGGUUUUGAUCCGGUUUUGGAGCGUAAACUUAGAGCAAGGAUGAAAAGGGGUGUGAGCUGUCUUGGUAGAUUUAUGCCUCGCAUGGUUGUAAUUCCUCCAGGAAUGGAAUUUCAUCACAUCGUACCGCAUGAUGUGGAUGCAGAUGGUGAAGGAGCGAGAGACGAUGAAAACCCACAAUCUCCUGAUCCACAAAUUUGGUCUGAGAUAAUGCGUUUCUUUUCUAACCCGCGCAAGCCUAUGAUACUCGCUCUUGCUCGGCCAGACCCUAAAAAGAACUUGGUUACUCUAGUCAAAGCCUUUGGAGAAUGCCGUCCAUUACGGGAACUUGCUAACCUUACAUUGAUAAUGGGAAACCGAAAUGAUAUUGAUGAGUUGUCCACUACGAAUUCCUCGGUGCUGCUCUCAAUUCUGAAGCUGAUCGACAAGUACGACCUCUAUGGUCAAGUGGCAAUGCCUAAGCAUCACAAACAAUCUGAUGUUCCUGAAAUUUACCGUUUAGCAGCCAAAACGAAGGGAGUAUUUAUAAAUCCAGCUUUCAUCGAACCAUUUGGAUUGACUCUAAUAGAGGCAGGAGCUCACGGUCUGCCCACUGUUGCAACAAAAAAUGGAGGACCUGUUGAUAUUCAUCGGGUUCUGGACAAUGGUCUUCUAGUUGAUCCUCAUGAUCAGCAAGCUAUAGCUGAUGCUCUCCUGAAACUGGUUUCAGACAAACAACUGUGGACAAGAUGCAGACAAAACGGCCUCAAAAACAUUCACUUGUUUUCAUGGCCAGAGCAUUGCAAAACAUAUUUGGCUCGGAUAGCUUCUUGCAAGCAAAGGCAUCCCAAAUGGCAGAGAGUUGAGUUUGAAAACUCAGACCCUGAUUCACCCAGUGACUCCCUUAGAGAUAUACAUGACAUCUCAUUGAAUCUUAAACUUUCCUUGGAUGGCGAAAAGGUUGAAAGUAACAACGGUGUAGAUAAUAACUUAGACGCUGAAGACAGCGCCGCUGAACGAAAAGCUAAGCUAGAGAAAGCUGUUUCAGCAUUGGCACAGAAGAAGACUUCAACAGAGAAAAUUGACUCCAAGAUGCCUACUUUGAAAAGACGGAAACAUAUAUUUGUCAUUUCCGUCGACUGCAGCGCAACCUCUGAUCUUCUCGCAGUAGUGAAAACAGUUAUGGACGUUGCAAGCAAAGGCGGUUCAAUAGGGUUCAUACUCUCAACCUCAAUGACCAUAUCUGAGACUCAUACCACCUUGCUAUCAGGAGGCUUGAAACCACAAGACUUUGACGCUGUUAUCUGCAACAGUGGAAGUGAACUCUACUUCACGGUCUCUGCUUCCGAGGAUAAAACCGUGCUUCCGUAUUCACUCGAUACAGAUUACCAUUCGCAUAUAGAAUUCCGCUGGGGUGGAGAGAACUUGAGGAAGACUUUGAUCCGCUGGAUUAGUUGUGAAGAAAAGAAGAAGAUGAAACAAGGAGAGAUUCUCUCUGAAGACGAGUCUUCUUCAACCAACUAUUGCUUAUCUUUUAAAGUGAAAGAUCCCUCUUCGAUUCCUCCAAUGAAGGAGCUGAGGAAAUUGAUGAGAAUUCAAGCAUUGCGUUGCAAUGUAGUUUACUGCCAAAGCGGAGCUAGGCUAAACGUAAUCCCUGUUCUUGCGUCACGAUGUCAGGCCCUUAGGUAUCUGCUUGUGCGAUGGGGAAUUGACUUAUCGAACAUGGUGGUCUUCGUGGGAGAUUCAGGUGACACAGAUUACGAAGGUUUGCUUGGAGGAAUUCACAAAACAGUGAUACUAAAAGGCAUAGCAAGUGACUUGCGUGAGCUACACGGCAACAGAAGCUACCCAAUGGAAGAUGUGAUUCCAGUUAACAGUCCCAACAUCAUUGAAGCUAAAGAAUGUGGACAUGAAGCCAUUAAAGCCGCUCUAGAGAAGCUUGGGAUCAAUCUCGUCAAGCCUUGAGGCUGUUUUUUCCUUGAUUAAAGAAGUCCUUUUUUUGGGUCCCAAUAUGCGAUAAUGGUGAACUGAUAACGGAGAAUAAAGUACAGUAUCCCAAUAAGAUUUGUAUAAUAUUGGAUGAAAUACUGUUUUUUUUUUAUAUAAUUGGAAAAACCUUUGUAAAAUCGAAAAAGAAGUGAAUAUUAUAUAUGUAAGCAAAA